AAAAACGUUUACUUUUCCGGUGAGGCGGUGACUUGUAGUCUCUUUUCUUUUUGGAGCGUUACCGAACUCAGCUAUCAAAACGUCCGUUCACCGGCCGACGAAAGCGUAGCAUCACUUUUCCGGUUAGCAUAACCGUCUUCAUACCACACAUGCAAUCCUCAUUCGUCAACUUCUUCUGAUUGUUAAUUUAGGAUUGGUGAAAAAGAUGGCUGUUGAGACAGAUUUUGAUAAGGUAUUUGAGAGUAUUAGGAAAAGAUGUCUUGAAUUGGAAGAAAAGAGUAAAAAAGAUGAAAUGAGGCGUGUGAUGUUGGAAACCGAGGUUGAUGAUUUAAAGAAAAGGAACAAAGAACUCGAGGGGAAGAUCGCUGCGAUUCAGAAUAUUGUGGUUGAUCCAAACGAUGUGAAAAGUGACAGCGACAGUCUUAUUGAGGUGAUGAUUAUAAACAAGGUUUUGGAGUGUGAGAAACAGAAGGCUGAAAGCGACGUGUGUUUUUGGAAGGAGAAGGUUAAGGAAUUGGAGGCAAAGAUGAAGGGCAUGAACGAGAACGUCAAAGAGGAUGUUGAUGUGGUCUCGAAGGGGAGUAAAGGAGUUUUAUAUAGCCGAGUUAGAAAGCGGUUAUCGUUUGAGGAAGAUGGAUGCACUAGUAAGAAGAUGGGGCCGUCUACUCCAGGUGUUGGUCAAUCCCCUUUUCAUGGCGUUAUUGAUAUUAGUGAUGAGGAUGAAAGCUCUAACGAGAUUCCAAAAGUUCGAAAAUGUGAUGGUUUGACUAAAAGUCAAUGCUCCUCCGAGAAUAACCUCCAAAGGACUAAUUUAGAACAUGCUGAUGAAGAACAUGUGGACGAGUUUAGAGUUCAUUCAUCGAAUACUAGAAGUGCUAAAAGAAAACGGGCUGCCAAAUACGUUGCUAGUGAUGAUGUGGACAGUUAUGAUGACAAUGCUCCAAUUUGCACGCUAAAAACACAACAUAGCUCUCGGGUUAGUACAGAUUCAGAGGACCAAACGAAAGAGAAUGUAAGUAGGAGGUACCUAACGAGGCUGAGGAAAUCAGAAUCCAAAAACAAAGAAGAAAAAAGAAGUAUUGUCUUGAAUAAAACCCGUAGUUCGAGUGAGGAUGAGGAAGAUAAUGACGGUGUAGAUGAGUCAGAGAGUGAAGGUGAAAGUUUGGGUGGAUUCAUCGUUGACAGUUCUGAAAGUGUUUCUAACUGUGGCUCUGAAAGUAGUGAUAGCGCUGAUGAAUCCGAAGAUGCGUUAAAUGAAUAUAAAGUAACUUUGGAUAAGAUUGGCAGGAAAAAGAUUUCGAAUCUGAAGUGGGAUCUAGAGGGGGAUAUGUUAUCUGAUUUUGGUAAAGAUCUUGAAUUGUGUAUGAGGGCGGUUUGUGCUAUUUAUAGGCAACAAACAGCUGAUGAGAAAGCAUCUAAAGAAACAAGAUACCGAAACGAGCGAGGGUUUAGCCAGACUGAUGCUUCCAGGGGUUGUACACUGGCUGAAUUUCUCACGGACGGAGAUCCCAAUUGUGACCUUAACAAAACGGUGGAACAACUGAAAGAAUAUGGCUCGAAGGAGGUCAAACUAUGCAAGGCACUUGCAGCUAAAUACUCAAAACAGUUAUUUGAGAUUUACCGGAACAAAGAAGAUCCUUAUUUCCCGCCACAACGUUAAGGGUCUUGCUUGCCGCACCCUCAUGUACAAUUGCCCACCAUGGUAGUAGGUUUUUGGUGUAUGGCGUGCAUUAGAAUAUGGUUAGUUUUUACUAAUAUUAUCCUAUGUAGGUGUAAAAUAUGCACACCAUGGUAGGUUUUCGGUGUAUGGUGUGCAUCAGAAUAUGGUUAGUUUGGCUGUUCCUUUUACUAAUAUUAUCCUAUGUAGUUGUAGAUGUAGAUAUAAAAUAUUCACACCAUGGUAGGUUUUUGGUAUAUGUAUGGUGGAUAGAACUCUCUACUUGUGUGAAUAUUUUUAUUUGUAAGUUGUGUUUUAAAUAUGAGGGUGCAAAUGCAGCUUGUGGUGUCA